UGGAAAAGGGAUGGAGGAAAACAUGAUGAGAGAAAGAGGAGGAGGAGCAGAGAGGAGGCAGGAACUCGCAGGAGGAAUCAGUAACAGCGGCAGGACAAUGGACCGUCACGUCCACGGAUACUAGCCGCCCCGGACCAACGCUGCACGCCGGGAUGUGAGCAGGUGAAGACCAGACCGCUCCAGGAUGCAGCCGCCUUCCUCCCUACUGACCCGUCGUGUUCCUGGGGGUUUUUGACUGACCAAACAUGAUGAAGACCGAGCCCCCGUCCGCCACCGGGGCCAGCCCGGCCCCCGCCGGGGGCAGCGGAGGCUCCAACCUGCGGAGUCCCUCGCCGCACCGCAACGCCUACGAGGCGGGGCUGGCGGCGCUGAAAAAGGCCACGGACCACCUGAACAACGCCGCUAAUGGAGGAGCCUCCUCCAAACCGGCCCUCCUGCCCCGGCCCACCGGCAGGGGCAGGCGGUACGGCUCCAACGUGCACCGCAUCAAGAACAUGUUCAUGCAGAUGCAGUCUCCCGGAGACGAGGAGGACGGAGCCAAAGUGAUAGGUAAGGAGGAGGGGGUGAAGCUCUCCAUCCUGAAAGCCCCCAGCCUGGAGGAGAACCUGGACCACGCCGCCCACCUGAAGCGCGGGGGUACGGUGUCGGAGAGGAUCAACCGCUUCGACGCUAAAACAGGCGGCGACGGCGCGAGCUCGGCCAUGGGCCCCUCCAAGCUGCAGGAGACCCUGAGGCUCUUCGAGCAGAGGACCCUGCAGGAGAAGCAAGCUGCUACCAACCGGAUCCUGCUGAAGAAAGAGCGGGCGUCGGGCUUCCAGGGCAGCCGCCUGGACGUGGUGGCUCGCUUCAACGGCUCCACCGAAGCCCUGGACCGGCUGGACGACCCUCCGGCUCCCAGCCCGGCUCCCAGUCCGGCUCCCAGUCCCGUUCCCAGUCCCGGUCCCAGUCCCGCUCCCAGUCCGGGUCCCGGGCCCGCCACUUUUCCCUCCGCCGCUUCCCUCGAGCCCGGCGAUGCCGUCAGCCCGACGGUUAGCCAGCUCAGCGCCGUGUUUGAGAAGGGUGAACAGCCCAACUACCUCCCCCAGCAGCGGGCGGCCCCCGCCCUGGCGCCCAAGCCCAAACUCCCAGCCAGAGCCGAUGUGGCCGACAAGAAGACCAAGACCGCUCGCCCCGGCCAGGCGGCCAAAGAGGAGAGGACGGCCGAGGGUUCCAGCCUGGCGGAGCCCCCAGAAGCAGAGGGGUCCCUACCGAGGAGCGUGGGGGGACUGGUCCCCAGUGAGGAGGACAAGGACGGGUUUGGACAGUCCGGGGACCAACUCUCCAACUCUUCCAACUCCUCAGCCUCCUCAGUGACUGUCUCUUCGUCCUCGUCGGAGGCCAAACCUCAACCAGGCGCGUCGCUACCGACCACCGGAGUGAGGGGCUCCAGCACAGACGCCCCGCAGUCGGAGCCGCCGGCCGCAGGGCCGGACGCCCCGGCCGGGACCUCCGACACGGGGGGGAGGCUCGUGCAAGCGGAGGUGCACGCCUCGCUGGAAAACGGGGAGAAAGAGCCCCAAUCUCCCUCGUCCUCCUCCGACGAGAAAGGAGCGGACUCUGAGUGGAAGAGCAAGGAGGAAGAGGAGGACGACGAGGACGAGGAGGAUGAGGACGGUUCCAGGAGGGAGGAUUACUCCGAGGGAGAUCUGGUGGACAUCAGUGCGUACAGCGGCCUUGGGGAGGAGGACUCUGGGGGGAGCCAGCUGGACGAAGAGGAGGACGAAGAGGACGAUGAGCCGUACCAGCCGGAGAGCAGUUGCUCUGAAAUCCCCGGCCUCCCCGAGGAAGAGGAGCCUGCACCUCCCAGCCGCAAAAUCUGUUUCAGCACCCAGCCCAUAAAGGUGUUCACCACCUACUCCAACGAGGACUACGACCGGCGGAACGAUGACGUGGACCCCAUGGCGGCGUCGGCCGAGUACGAGCUGGAGAAGCGCGUGGAGAAGCUGGACCUGUUCCCCGUGGAGCUGGAGAAAGACAGCGACGGUCUGGGCAUCAGCAUCAUCGGCAUGGGUGCGGGGGCCGACAUGGGCCUGGAGAAGCUGGGCAUCUUCGUGAAGACGGUCACCGAGAGCGGAGCUGCUCAGAGAGAUGGCAGGAUCCAGGUGAACGACCUGAUCGUGGAGGUCGACGGGACCAGCCUGGUCGGUGUCACGCAGACGUUUGCUGCAUCCGUGCUCCGCAACACCUCCGGCACAGUCAGGUUUGUGAUUGGCCGGGAGAAGCCGGGGGAGCAGAGCGAGGUGGCUCAGCUGAUCCAGCAGACUCUGGAGCAGGAGAGAUGGCAGAGGGAGAUGAUGGAGCAGAGAUACAAACAGUACAUGGACGAAGAUGAAGAGACGGGUGAAUAUGCAACAGACGAGGAGGAGGAGAUGAGUCCCAUGUUCCCCAACUCCAUCGAGGUGUUUGACCUGGCGGAGAACCAGGACAUGCUGUCCCCGGUGGAGCUGGACCCGGAGAAGCUGGCCCACAAGUUCAAGGAGCUCCAGAUCAAACACGCAGUGACCCAGGCCGAGAUCCAGCUGCUGAAGAGGAAGCUAGCUCAUGCGGAACAGGAUAAGUUGCGUUGGCGGAUGGAGCGUGCUCAGUUGGAGCAAAACAUCAGAGACAGCAAAGAGAGGAUGGAGAAACUGGAGGGAUACUGGAUGGAGGCGCAGUCCCUUUGUAAGGCCGUGGACGAGCACCUGAAGGAAACGCAGGCGCAGUACCAAACCCUGGAGAGGAAAUACAGCAAAGCCAAGAGAAUGAUUAAAGAAUACCAGCAGAAGGAGAUCGAGUUCCUGAAGAAGGAGACGGCUCAACGUCGCGCACAAGAGGAGAGUCAGGCCACGCAUAAAGAGGAGACGGACAACCUGCAGGAAAAGAUUUCCGACCUGGAGACCAAAGUGGAUGCCUUGAAGACGCCCCAACCCUCCUAACCUGCUGCUACGUCCUCCCUCCUGUCUGGACUGGGAGAGGAGGAGCUCUGCCUUCGUCGCGACCAGGGCUGUAUUAUAUACCAAUCAAUCAUUCACUGCAUGGACAGGGAGCGGAGGGAUGAAUGCAGCAUCUGUAAUAUCUGCAGUCCUCCCCGUGUGUCUUCCUGUCAACCAGCUUGGCAACAAACAGAAACCACCACCAACAACUUGUAUUUCAUCUCAUUUUUCUUCUCUCCAUCAACAGUAUCUUUACUCGGUCCCAUCAGUUAGACAAAGUGAUUUCACAAAAAGCGCUUUUAAUUACCUGGCUCAUCACAAAGUGCUUUAUAGGGUGACAGAGACGUGAAUCCAGAAGCGAAGGGAACAAAUAAGAAAGGGCCAAUGAUUGUCGUUGCGGGGGAACGAACCGCGUGCUUGUUUUAUGUUGUUUUGUUUUUGAGCGAAGCGGAGCGUCGUCUCCAAGUCUUAAAGCUAAGUCUCUGUCCUGUGCAAACAUUCACCGACUCAACGACGACUAGAAUACAUUUCCACUGCAUUUUUAGCAACCCUCGUAGUGACGCCAAACACAAGUUUAAAAAGGAGUUUGUAGCCGGCGUCGGAGGUGAUGCUGCACCGGCAUCACACCCUGCACUCACCGGUGUGCAGGAAGAGUGCGUGAGUGCGUGUGUGUGACUGAAAUGCGAGUGUGCUCUAAAAAUGCAAUCCAUUUGACGUUUAGUUACUAAAAAAAAACAA